UAUGUUGACCGGACCAUUCCAAUUUUCAUUCUCCAUUUCUCCCAUUCAACAUUGCCACUCUCCGAUAUUCUCUUGUUCAAAAAAAACAAAAGAAAAACCUAAGAAUUUGCAGUUACUCGCCAUGAAAGCUUACCUAUAGAUCUGCUCUAACCCUAGGGAACAAAUUGAGUUCAAUCCAUGGCGGUGGUGACCGUACAGCCCAGCCACUGGUGGGAUACUGCUCUGGAGCUCACUAAACUGGCUCAGGAAAGGGGCACUGACCCCCUGGUGUACGCCAUGCAGCUCUCCUCCACUCUCAACGCCGCCGGCGUCGCCGUGCCUUCCACCGACGUCGCCGCGCUCCUCGUCUCCCACAUCUGCUGGGCCAAUAACGUUCCUAUCACUUGGAAGUUCCUCGAGAAAGCCUUGACUAUCAGGGUUGUGCCUCCGCUCUACGUUCUCGCUCUUCUCUUUUCCAGAGUAAUUCCGAACAGAAGGAGCUAUCCAGUGGCCUAUAGACUGUAUAUGGAGCUUCUGAAACGAUAUGUCUUUUCAUUGACAUCUAUGAUUAAUGGUCCAAAUCAUCAAAAGAUUAUGGCAUCCAUCAACGAGGCUCUUAAUCUUUCACAGAUUUUCGGGCUUCCAGAAUGUGAAGCUGGGUUGAUAAUGGUGGAAUUUGUUUUUGCAAUUGUGUGGGGUUUAGUUGAUGCAUCACUUGAUGAUGAGGGAUUGCUGGAGCUCACCACUGAAAAGGAAUCUAGGUGGCUAGUCAGGACACAAGACAUGGAAAUAGACAACCGGGAUACUUUUGACGCGAAGAAGGCAGAACAACAUGAGUUAUUGUUUAAAAAGAAUACCAUAAUGGCUACUGAAAUACUUGGUGAAUUUUUCCGGAACAAAGUGACUUCUAGGAUCCUUUACUUGGUGCGCGUGAACAUGCCUGCUCACUGGGAGUCCUUUAUCCAGCAUUUGCGGCUGCUUGCUUCAAACUCAACAGCAUUGAGAAAUUCAAAAACUAUUUCCCCAGAGGCUCUGUUGCAGCUAACAUCUGAUACAAAUGCAUUCCUGCCAAUUGAAUGCAAAACAAGCACACUGCACCGGUUUAAUGCGGUAGUGACUUCUUCUCUUGUAUCUUCUGCCAGCCAAUGUCAUGGUACCAGUCCAUCAGCUUACUGGCUGCCCAUUGACCUCUUUCUUGAAGACGCCAUGGAUGGGACACAAGUGGCAGCUACAAGCGCUGCAGAGACACUCACUGUUCUAGUGAAGGCUCUUCAGGCAGUUUACCGUACCACUUGGCAGGACACAUUUCUUGGAUUAUGGAUUGCAGCACUGCGGCUUGUCCAAAGAGAAAGGCAUUCAAGUGAAGGACCAGUACCCCGCCUUGAUACAUGUUUAUGCAUGUUAUUGUCAAUUACACCACUUGCAAUUGUUAACAUUAUUGAGGAGGAGGAAAAGGAACUUAACCUUGCCAAUCAAGGAAAAGAGUCUGUGGGAGAGCGUCGUCAAGACUUGGUUUCAAGCCUUAAACAGUUAGAUGAUUAUGAAGGUUUAUUGACUCCACCACUACAAGUGGCAUCAGUGGCAAAUCAAGCCGCUGCAAAAGCGAUGAUGUUUCUUUCUGGUCUAACGAUUCCGAGUGGGUACUUUGAUGGCAUGAGCAUGAAUGACAUGCCUAUGAAUUGCGCUGGAAACUUGAGACACCUGGUUGUUGAGGCUUGCAUUGCCAGAAAUAUUUUGGAUACAUCUGCUUAUUUCUGGCCUGGCUAUGUAAAAGGUCGAUGCAAUCAAAUACCUUGUGGCAUUUCAGGCCAAAUACCUGGCUGGUCUUCAUUGAUGAAAGGGUCUCCUAUAACUCCUUCAGUGAUAAGUGUGUUGGUUUCAACACCAGCCUCAAGUUUAGCAGAAAUAGAGAAAAUAUAUGAGAUUGCAGUCAGUGGUUCAGAUGAUGAGAAGAUUUCUGCUGCUACAGUUCUCUGUGGAUCAUCUCUUACUCGUGGUUGGAAUAUACAGGAACAUAUUGUUCUGUUCAUCACAAGACUGCUUUCACCUCCAGUACCUAAAGACUACACUGGAAGUGAAAGCCAUUUGAUAGGUUAUGCUCCAUAUCUGAAUGUUCUUCUUGUCGGAAUAUCAUCUGUCGAUUGUAUACAGAUUUUUUCCUUGCAUGGAUUGGUUCCACAACUUGCUGGUGCAUUAAUGCCAAUCUGUGAGAUCUUCGGUUCUUGUGCACCCAAUAUUUCAUGUACUCUUACAACCGGGGAGGAAAUAUCUUCCCAUGCUGUAUUUUCAAAUGCGUUUACUCUUCUGCUGAAGUUGUGGAGAUUCGAUCAGCCACCUAUUGAACAUGUAAUGGGAGAAUUGCGUCCUGUGGGAUCCAAUUUAACUCCUGAAUAUUUAUUAUUGGUGCGCAACUGUCAGUUGUCUGCGAAUGAAAAUACACAAAACCAAAUCAAGUGCAAGCGGUUUUCAAGACUUUUAGAGCCAUGGUUUAGAGAACCCAUAUUCAUGGACUCGUUUCCAAAGUUAAAAUGUUGGUACAGGCAAAAUCAGACGUGUAUUGCUUCAACACUUUCUGGUCUUGUACCUGGAACUCCUGUCCAUCAAGUUUUUGAAGCACUUCUGAAUUUCAUGUUCAGAAAAAUAAGUAGGGGUGCACAACCUACUACUUCUGGAAGUAGUAACUCAUCUGGGUCUGGAGAAGAUUUGUCUAUGCGUCUUAAAAUACCUGCAUGGGAUAUUUUAGAAGCCAUUCCAUUUGUGCUUGAUGCUGCCCUAACAGCGUGUGCCCAUGGACGGCUUUCACCACGUGAACUAGCUACAGGGCUUAAGGACCUUGCUGAUUUCUUUCCGGCUUCUUUGGCAACAAUUGUAAGUUACUUCUCAUCUGAAGUAACGAGAGGGCUUUGGAAGCCUGCCUCCAUGAAUGGAACUGAUUGGCCAAGUCCAGCUGCAAAUUUAGCCUUGGUUGAGCAACAGAUAAAGAAAAUCUUAGCUGCCACUGGCGUUAAUGUCCCUAGUCUUGCUGUUGGUGGAACCUCCCCAUCUACUUUACCUCUACCUCUGGCAGCACUUGUUAGUCUCACCAUUACUUAUAAACUUGAUAGAGCCACUGACCGCUUUCUAAACUUGGUUGGCCCUGCAUUGAGUAACCUGGCCACUGGGUGUCCCUGGCCAUGCAUGCCUGUCAUAGCCUCUCUCUGGGCUCAGAAGGUAAAACGGUGGAGUGACUUCCUUGUCUUCUCUGCAUCCCGUACUGUAUUCCACCACAACAGCGAUGCAGUAGUUCAACUCCUUCGGGUCUGCUUCAGAGCUACAUUGGGGCUAAAUACUUCUAUUACAGCAAGCAGUGGUGGCGUUGGUGCACUUCUUGGUCAUGGAUUUGGCUCUCAUUUUUCUGAUGGCAUUUCUCCUGUUGCUCCUGGUAUAAUGUACUUGCGUGUGCAUCGAGCUGUUAGGAAUGUCCUGUUUAUGGCGGAAGAAAUCGUUUCCCUUCUGAUGUGUUUUGUUAGAGACAUUGCAAACAGUGGGUUACCACCGGAAAACCUGGAGAAACUCAAGAAAACAAAAUAUGGUAUGAGAUACGGUCAGGUCUCGCUCGCUGCAGCCAUAACACGUGUCAAGCUAGCAGCUUCGCUGGGUGCUUCUUUAGUUUGGAUUACAGGUGGCUUGGGUUUAGUCCAAUCGCUGGUAAAGGAAACAUUGCCAUCUUGGUUCAUAUCAGUACACGCAUCUGAACCCCAAACUGGAGGCUCGGGGGGCAUGGUCGAAAUGCUGAGGGGCUAUGCCCUCGCAUUCUUUGCAGUGCUCUCCUUAACAUUUGCAAUGGGGGUGGACUCAACGGCAAUGGCUUCUAGGCGCGCCAAGGUGCUUGCCACGCACAUGGAGUUUCUUGCAAGCGCACUCGAAGGGAAGAUAACUCUAGGAUGCAACGGGGCAACAUGGAGAGCGUAUGUCUUGGGUUUCGUAAUCAUGAUGGUCAACUGCACACCAAACUGGAUGACCGAGGUGGAUGUAGGCGUCGUUAAGCAGCUGAGCAGGGGAUUGAAGCAGUGGAACGAGGAGGAGUUGGCUCUCGGACUUCUUGGAGUUAGCGGAGUCCGAGGAAUGGGUGCAGCUGCUGAAAUGAUCAUAGAAAGUGGAGUGUGAAUUUCGUAAGAUGAAUCAAGUUACAGAUAGAGGUUAAUCAACUAUGUCUUUUACCAUUUUAGGAAGUUCUUUUUGUUAAUUACAGGCUACUGACUUGAAUUGUUUUAGUAGCUUUUUACUGUUAUCAUGGACUGUUGACUAUUGUGUAUAUUCCAUCUCUGUAACCAACAGUUUCACCUUCUUGCAAUCUUGUCUCAAUCUUUAUUCCUUAUAUAAUCCCCCAAUUUCCUCUA